AUGUCUGCCUAUCCUAGGUUGAAGCCCGACCUCCAAGAUACCGAAGCACCUAGCCAAGAAGCGCAGAGCUACCUCUAUCUCUGCGUCUCAGAAUGCGAAAACAAACAGCCCUUCCGAUAUGACACCUCUCUAGUCACCGGAAACGCCUCCAACAUGGGCUCUCUCGUCCAGCAUAAGCUAGUAGAUAUAUACCCAUGUGUCGCAAUAGAAGAGUGCGGUCAAAUAGGACUAGGCUACCGCCAGAACCAUCUGCGCGACUCAAGUCAAAGAGUUCUCACUCUUAUCCUACUCGCUAAAGUCAAAUCCCAAGAUCUGCUAACUGGACGCAUUCUAGAGUUUGACUGGGAAUUUGAUAUGAAUAAAGUAGAGUGUGUGGCGGAAAGCUUUACAUAUAACAAGAUUGUGCAAGGGAAGAUUUUGGAAAAGCUUGGAGGGGAUGAGAAGAUUCCGGUUUUUAAUAUGGUGAGAUAUGCAGAGCUUAUGAGGGAGAGAUGA